AUGUUUAGAAAUAGAAAAAUUGAAACUUAACAUGAAACAAUUUAAUAACAAACUUAUUAUAUAUACCAAAAUAAAUUUAUUAAUAAUUAAGUGGGGCUUAAUUUAUUAUUGAAGUAACAAUUGAAAAUCAUUAAAUAAGGAAAAGCAAAAGUAUUAAAAGAGCUUUAUUUAAUUGA